CAUAUCAGUAUCAAUUCAAACAAAUUCCACCGUUCAUCCAAAUUUCACAUUUAUCUCGCCGGCUAAUCUCCAACCACCACUCAAAACAUGCCGGCGACUGCGACGUUGAUCGGAGCUCUUCUCGGCUUCAGCACCCAAAUCUACUCAAACGCCCUCCGCAAACUCCCCUUAAUGCGCCAUCCAUGGGAGCAUGUUUUGGGGAUGGGAAUUGGGUCAGUUGCUGUGAAUCAGUUGGUUAAGUGGGAAGUUAAGCUUGAUGAAGAUCUCGAUAAAAUGCUCGAGAAAGCCAAGGCUGCUAAUGAGCGCCGUUAUUUUGAUGAAGACGAUGAUUAGCAUUGUGGACUCUGGUAGUAAUUAGCAUGGAAUAAAUAAGUUGACAUCUUGGUGAUUGGCAUUCACUUCCCAAGAUUGAUUGUUGUUUCUGCUAGGCUUAUUGUGGAUGCUUGAGCAAUGUGUGUUAUUCUUCUGCUUCUGGGCAUUCAGUUGUAAUUUUCUGCUUUGAAAGUUAAUGUAUCAUGAUGCUGAAAUAUUACUAGAGUUUCUUAUGAUGAAUGGAUUAAAUUAAUAAUAGAUAUUCUAUUGUCAAA